AUGAGCUCACAGUCUCAAACCCCCAGCCUGGACCCACAACGAGCAGCGGCCAUGUUCGACGACGAGCCUGCCCUCGAUGAAAAGGCCAGGCCGCCCACGCUGCUCCAGCAGCUCCUCGACGCCCGGCCCACCACGCUGCGCUACUCGAUCGCCUGCGCGUCGUCCUACUCGGGCACCUACCAUCCCAACAACAUCCUCUACAAUCGUCCGCAUGACAUGUCAUCGCGAUGGUCCGGCUCAUCGCAGGCGACCCAGGCCGCGGCCGCUGCUCAGGGCGCCAAUGCCGCUCGGACCGCCGCACCCGCCGCAUCCAGCACCACCACCUCGUCCUCUUCGCCGCGCCGCGCUCCCGCUGCAUCAUCGCCGGCGGCAGGACCCAUCAUCGCUACGCCAUCCCAGUCCGCCUCGUCGAAACAGUACAUCAUCCUCAGGCUCGACAAGCCCUGCGUCGUCCGCUCCAUCACCUUUGGCAAGUACCACAAGCCGCACCCCUGCAACCUGCGCGACUUCAAAAUCUACGGAUCUCUCAGCCUCGACAGCCUCCUCCCCGCCCCGGCCUCCAAGGUCGGCACCCGCGCCGCGCCCGCGGCCAAGAGGCUCAUACGCGGCGGUCUGCGCAACGACGCCGCACCUGAGAAGUUCGAGCUCCGCUGGCUCGAGGAUGUCAGCGCAGGCUCUGGCUCCGGCGCGGGCGAUGCGUCGGCUCACCUCGGACCGGGCCAGGGAGAGCUCGACCGGCGCGGCCUGUCGCUCGUCGUCGCCAACAGCGGCAACGUCAUCCCCUUUGCGCUGCGGUACAUCAAAAUCGUCCCGCUGGCGGCCCACACGCCCAAUUACAACUUCUCCGUGUGGCACGUCGCCCUCGCCGGCGUCAGCAACGACGCGUUGGUCUCCAGGGUCCUGUCCGAGUACAGCGAGUACCGAGAGUCGGCGACGAUCCGGCUGAUGCUCAAGCAUCUUCGCGAGCAGGGCCAUCAUACGGCGUUUGCGGCCCUGCUGCAGUCCUCUCGCCUGCAGGGCGGUGCAGUUGGCGGGGGCGGCGGCGAACUGGCGCCGACACACCCGGCCAAGCGGCCUUUUGAGCAUCCCAUCGUGACCCGCCUCUUCGACUCGCUGGUCCGGCGCGGCUCCUGGGACGAGGUCGAAGGUUGCUUGGACAAGGCGGCCUACGGCGACCCCUCUACGUCCAACGCCCAGUUCGGCUCGACGUCGAUCCAGAGCCUUGCCGGCAGCGCCAGCUGGGAGUCGGCCAACGGGCAGUCGAUGUUCUCGGCCUACAUCGCCAAGCAGAUGCCCCGGGCCGACUGGCAACGGAUCCUGCCCACGGACCCGGCAGCUGCCGCCCAGCAGCAACACCAGCAGGAGCCGCGGCCGAGCGCGCCGUCCGGACGGGGCGGUCACUCGAUGGUGUUUGACUCGGAAAAGGGCAUCGCCUACCUCUUUGGCGGCUGGGACGGCUUUCAGGACCUGUGCGACCUCUGGGCCUUCCACGUCCACGAGAAUCGCUGGAGGCUUAUCUCGCCCGACGUCCGGCUGCAGGGCGGUCCGGGCCCUCGCAGCUGCCACAAGAUGUGCCUGGACGAGAAGAGCGGCAGCAUCUACGUUCUCGGUCGCUACAUCGACUAUGAGAGCAGCGGGGCGAGCCGGCAGCGCGAAGGCCCCUUUCCCGGUUCUCCGUCCGCCACCAUCGCUGCGGCCGCUGCCGCCGCCUCUGCUGCCCGGUCGACGCGGGCCUCGUUCCUGCCGCCGGUCCCGCCAUCGCGCACUCCGCCGACGGGCGAUGUGCCCAUGGGCCAGCCCGACGCCGGCUCCCAGUCCGGCGAGGGCGACAGGACGACGACUGCCGGGAGCGGCUCUGGCACUGGCGAAAACGGCGGCAGCGGUCGCCAUCGCCGCCUCGACCAGCUCGGUGCUGAUCCUGAAGGCCAGUCCCGCAGCAGCACACCGGCAUCGACGAGCGGUCCGCAGUCGCCGGGCAGGCCACCGCGGAACCCUGCACCAGGCAGGGCGUCGUCGCGCAACCCAAACGGGCCCGCCUCGCCGCCAGGCAGGGAGCCGGACUUUUUCCGCUUCUCGACCAAGUGGGAGCGCUGGGAGAAGCUGAGCUCCGACACGUACGCGGACGGCGGGCCCAAGCUCGUCUACGACCACGGCCUCGUCGUCGACUCGCAGAGCCAGAUCCUGUACGUGUUUGGCGGCCGCAUCGCGGACCCGGACCCGAACCGCUUCGAGUUCAGCGGCAUGUGGCGCUACGACAUCAUCCAGCGCGUGUGGACCUUUCUCUUUGACGACACCACCCAGUCGGGCUGCAAGAUUGUCAGCCGGUCGGGCCACAGCAUGCUGCUCGACCCGGGCAAGCCGGGCACGUCUGGCAUGUCGGCGUCGCAGAGCCGUCAGAUCUGGAUCCUCGGCGGCCACCGCGGCGCGUCGGCGACCAACCUGGCCGACAUGUGGACGUACAACAUCGCCACGGGCGCCGUCCGCGAGAUCUCGACCAACACGGGCCAGGACGGGCCCGAGUCGGGCUUUACCCAGCGCGCCACAAUCGAUCCGGCGGCGCGCGAGAUCAGCCUGUUUGUCGGCCUGAUCGGCGGUCGCGGCGACAAGAAGAAGACGAGCGCGUUCUGGAUCUAUAACAUCACCUGGGGCACCUGGAAACAGGUCUACCGCUACGAGGCGGGCUACGAGGCGGGCGACGAGGCCGCCCGCACGCUCGAACUCGGCGCGGCAAAGGGCGCCGGCUCCGGCGACGUCGAGCAGCGGACGGGCGAUCGAUUCGGCGAGCAGCGCAGCCACGAGGCGGACUACGACGGCGAGGAGCCUCCCGAGUCUGGGCCGCUACAGGCGCUGCCCGUGUACGACGACGACGACGCCGAUGUCGAGGACGACGAGAUGGCCAUCGAGGGCCCCGCCGACAGCUGGAUGCCGUACAGCCUGCCGUCGUCGUCGUCGUCGUCUGCUGCCGCGCCGAUGCCGCAACUUCUUGCCACGACCUCGUCCGGCAGCCAGACGCCGACGUCGCCGUCGGUCGCCGCUGCCGCUGCCGGCCACCGACAGUCGGCCAGGGGUGCCGGCCACGAGACCGAGCCGCGACCUCGGUACGCGGCGCAGCUGGUGUUUGACGACCGCCGCAAGGUCUUUUACCUGCACGGCGGCAACCCCGAAGACGCCGACAACCGCCAGCUGCGGCUCGACGACAUGUGGCGGCUGACGCUGAUGCGGCCCACGCCGGGCGAGGUGCUGCGCCGAGCCAAGUUCCGCGUGCGCCAGCAGCGCUUCCUCGAAAUGACGCGGUCCAUUGCGGCGGCGCAGGCGGCCGACACGAGCGGCGGUGGUGGGGCUGAUCCGACGGCGUUGGGCUUCGAGGCGCUCAUCUACCUGCAGACCGAGGUGGGUGCGGUGGUGGACCACUCCAACGAGGCCGAGUCGCAGCUCUUCCGCAGGCUGAUGACGCGGCUGCUCAGCGCCAAGGCCGGGGGAGGGACCGCGGCGACGUCCAUGGCCGACGUCGACGUCGAGACGGGCGAUGUGGAAAUCGAGGCCGACCGAACGCUGACCGGCGAUGCGGCGCAGCACGACGUCGAUCCUGCCACCGGCGUCGGUAGCGCGGGUGGCGCUGCUGAUGCGGCUCCGCCGCGGACAGAUCGGCUGGCCUCGAUGGGCGCCAAGCGCGGCCGGGACGAAGUCGAGACCGAGGAUGAGGAGGCUGCGCGAUCCCCCAUUUCCCUCUACGCCAGCAGCGCCGGGGGCGACGGAGACUCGGAGAUGCUCUCGAUAUCCCAAGUCCUUCCCGGCGGCGGCGGCGGCAGCAGCAGCAGCAGCGGUGGUGCUGGUGGCGGUACUGGCGGCCGGGCCAGGAAGACGAUGCACGGAGGUCGAGGCGGGUCCGCCAACGACGAGGCGGCCACGGUCCGCGUCGCCGAGUCCGAGGGGACGCCCACCGGCCUCUACGCCGAACGCACCCACCUCUUCCGCUCCCUCCUCGAGUACUUCAACCCGGAACUCACCCAGCCCAGGGCAGAGAUCGGGCACUGCAUCGAGGCGGCGCUCGGCGCGUAG